AAGAAUUUUAGUGUCAGUAGUAGUAAAAAUAAUUCAAUUUCCAUUUUAUUUUUCAUAUCCUAACUUAAUUGAAAAGCUCUAAAUUCUAAAUAUAAAAACGUCCAACAAGAAUCCUCAAAAAAAUGGAUUUGAUACUAAUUGCCUUAGUGAUUGUAGUACUUCUAGUAUUAGUACUCCCCCCUUUGUUCAAAAUUUACAGGAAAAACAAAUUUGUUCAUCAAUGCAUUGAUAUCUUGCCAGGUGAUAAAUGGUACCCUCUAGUAGGUACUACUUACAGUAUUUUAAGAGCUCCAGCUGAAGAUAGGUGGGAAGUUACAAGCAAAAGACAUAAAAUUUUUGGACCAAUUUUCAGAUCCUGGUAUGGUUCCAUACCCACUGUUCAUAUAUUUAAACCAAAUCAUAUCGAGAAAAUUUUGAAAAGUCAUAUUAACAUUAAAAAAGGCAGAAUUUACCACGUACUUAAACCUUGGCUUGGACAAGGGCUUCUAUCAGCAACUGGUGCUUAUUGGAGGAGGCAUAGAAAAAUUAUAAGACCAGCAUUUUAUGGCGCUAUUCUGGAUAGAUAUAUGGAUGUUUUUAAUGAAUGUGCUCAAAAUUUUGUUGGUAUUUUAGAACAACAUGUAGAAGAAGAAUAUACAGAUAUUUUUUCGUAUAUAAAUCAAAUUGGUUUAGAUGUUAUUGCUGGUAUAUCAUAA